AUGGCGGCGGGCGCGCUCUGGGGGCUCGUGGCCGCGCUGGAGACGCACCGGGGCCGCGACCGGGCGGUCCGGGCGCUGUCCUACGGCUGCCAGCUGGCGGGGGCAGCGCUGCCCGGCCCCGCGGGGCUGCCCGGGGCGCUCCUGGCCGCCUCUGCCCAGCUCAGCUCCUGCCGCACCGCCCUGCGCCUCUUCGACGACCUGGCCAUGCUCCGCCACAGCUGCAGCUACGGGCUGGGCCCCGAGGGCGAGGACGCGCUGGUGCGGGGGCUCUCGGUGCUCUGUAACGUGGCUAACCAGCUCUACUACCCCUGCGAGCACCUGGCGUGGGCGGCGGAUGUCGGCAUCGUCCGCGCCGGCUCCCGGCGCUGGUGGGCGCGGAGCACGGCGCUGUGGGGCUGUGCCCUGCUCCUGGGCAUCCUGCGGUCCCUGAGAAUCUUGUGCCAGUUAAGAAGGAAACUGAGCCAGCACAAGUGCACUUCUCCACCUCAGCAGCAGCAGAAGCUGAGAGCCCAGGUGAAGGCUGAAGUUCUGAGCAUCCUCAUGGACACAGCAGAUCUUUCCAACGCCAUCCACUGGCUGCCUCCAGGGUUCCUCUGGGCAGGAAAGUUCCCUCCUUGGCUGGUAGGACUCCUGGGGACCAUCUCCUCCCUGAUUGGAAUCUACCAGGCAUCAAGAGGAGCAAAUUCUGAAGCUGUUUAAGCCAGAACUGAGCUUCACAAGCUCAGUUUUCACAUGGUAAAAGUGCCUUGAGUGAGGCAGGGUGUAUUUUAAUUUCCUGGGUUGAUGAUUGUCCUUCCAGAUAUCCCAUAAUCAGGACUGGAAUCCAGAUGCCUGUUGCAGAAGGGAUUGUUUGCAGCUGAUAAUUUUUAUCACUCUUCAUCAGAGAAAUAAUUCAGGUGAAUCCUCUGAAAAUCAAGAAUCUCCUACAAUGGGCAAAACUGUGGGGGAAAGAUUUGCUUCCAUCUGUCCCAAAAGAUAAAUGCAACCUCCCAGUGUUUUUUGUCACUUGAAGGAGCACAGUGGCCAGGUUCUGUCACAGAGGACUGGUAGGGGAUGAAGCCUGUGAGGUCACACUCUGGCCUUGGUGCUGCACCUGAGCCAGGAUGGGACCCCCAUCCUGGCAGUUCUAAAGGUGUUUUGGCCUUUGGGCUCAUUCAGGAGCCAGCAGCAGUGUUGUUUGUGACCCCUGUGUUUCCUUAGAGGUGAGAGGGGCAGGAAAUUGCUGGAAGCAGCUUGGACCUUCCUGGCCUGCCUUGCCCGUUUAAGGAGAAUUGUUGAAGUGGAGCCUUCCCGCAGAGCUGAGGCUCCAGCUGUGCCUUUGUGGAAUGCCACCGGGUGGAGCUCUUCCACCAGGCUCCAGCAGCUACCGACCGACCUUUUUCUAUUUAAGGAAAGGAAAAAAAAAACAAACAGGAAAUUUAUUCAUCACCUUUCAAAGGAGCAAUCAAACCAACGCCGAGGUGGGGUUUUGCAAUUACAGCUCUGGGCGUUGCCAGUAAUAAACGCCACAAAUGCUUGAAA